UAUUAUUCUAUAUUAAACCUCGAUGAAAGGAGAACAUUGAAUUUAUAUCUUGAAAGAACUAGCUACAAGUCCAUACUUCUCCACCUUGCUUCCUAAUCAUUUUCUUCAAUAAGUCAGGCUUCUUUCUUUCAGCAAUGGCGCCACCGGCUGAUAAUGAAGUUGUCCUUGAGUUUCGGUUCUUCAAGGUGUACAAAGACAGCCGUGUCGAGUUAGUCUGGCCGGAAUGCCCCAAAGUCCCACCAUCCACUGACCUGAUUACUGGGGUUCAGUCCAAAGAUGUGAUGAUCUUAACUGAACCCCAAGUGUCUGUCCGUAUUUUCUUGCCGAAACUCAAAUCCCCUGACCAAAAACUCCCUCUCUUACUUUUCGUGCAUGGUGGUGGCUUUGUAAUGUUUUCACCCUCUGCUAUUCCCUACCACGUUUUAUGCAACAAAGUAGCAGCUGACGCUAACGUUAUUGUUGUCUCUGUUGAGUAUGGUCUCUUCCCUACCAGACCGAUACCAGCAUGCUAUGAGGACUCGUGGGAAGCGCUCCAGUGGGUGGCUUCACAUGCUGAUGGGAGUGGAGCUGAGCCGUGGCUGAACAAUCAUGCUGAUUUUGGUAAAGUUUUUUUGGGGGGAGACAGUGGUGGGGCUAACAUAUCACAUACUCUAGCAUUCCGGGUCGGGUCAAUUGGGUUACCCGGAGUGAAGGUAGUUGGAAUGAUCAUGGUGCAUCCAUUUUUUGGUGGUACCGAGGAUGACAAGAUGUGGCUAUACAUGUGCCCAAGUAAUAGUGGGUUGGAUGAUCCCAGGCUGAAUCCGGGAUUCGAAGAUCUUGCUAGGCUUGGCUGUGAGAGGGUGUUGAUCUUUGUGGCCGAGAAAGACAGCUUAAUUGCUGUAGGAAGGAACUAUUACGAGAAGUUGAAGAAGAGUGGAUGGAAGGGAAGCGUUGAAAUUGUUGAGAAUGAAGAUGAAGAUCACUGCUUCUAUUUGCUUGAUCUCAAUUCUGAGAAGGCUGUUGAAUUACUGCAUAAGUUUGUCUCCUUUCUCAAACAAGACUAGAAUUCCCUGGUGAUUUAGUCCUUUCAUUUUUAAUUCCUUUUUGUCUUUUAUAAUUAUUGAGAGGCCUCGUUGUUUUAUGACUAAACAAGGGUGAAUAAUCCUCUUCCAAUCCUAAUUCCUAAACCUUUGAAUAAGCUUAAUACGAUGAUCUAGCUAGGAUUGGUACCUGUCUAUUUCUCGGUGGCUGUACUGUUUUUUAUUGUAUCGUGAGUUUUAUUCCAUUUUUAAUUUAAAUGAAAUCUUCGAAUAA